AUGGGAUUACCACAAAUUUCAUCCCGCAGAACUUCUGAGGAGGAUUCAGGUUCAUUGAGCACAUUUGUGCAAAGUCUUCCUCGAUCUUCUGGUAUGAGCACUUGUGAUUUGGAUGAAAUGCAAGUUGGGAGUUUGAGAACAAGGGAUUCAGUAUGCUCUUCCUUAGGAGACUUUCAGAGGAAAACCUCAUUGGAGCUCUCCAAGUCCCCUGACAUUUUGUUUCAUAAAAGGACCAUAAAUGUUACAACAAAUGAUCAUGAUCCUACACUUGGGUCUAAGGAUAAUAAGGUUGAGUUGUUAAUUUCUAAAGCUGGGCGGAAUAUUCAGAAACCUGUUUCCAGGAUUUUGGGUUUUGAAUCUGGUAGAAAGGGUGAAUUCCUCUCCAAGUCCCCUGACAUUUUGUUUCAUAAAAGGACCAUAAAUGUUACAACAAAUGAUCAUGAUCCUACACUUGGGUUUAAGGAUAAUAAGGUUGAGUUGUUAACUUCUAAAGCUGGGCGGAAUAUUCAGAAACCUGUUUCCAGGAUUGUGGGUUUUGAAUCUGGUAGAAAGGGUGAAUUCGUUGAUGGAAUUGUUGGAGUUUCAACCAAUCAUGUUCGUCCUUCCAUGAUUGGUAUGUCCAUUAAUGAAUCUGAGUCCAGAAGAUUGCUUGUCAGGAAGCGAUUAUUGUCACCAUUGAAUGGUAUGUUUUUUCCUGACCAAUUCAGUGGUGAUCCUUUGAAUAUUGGCUGCAGCAGUUUCAGCAUUAGUUCUCAGGCCACAAGUGAUGAUUAUAGUGUUUCCAUGGUGCAAGAUUAUAAGAAAGCAAAUAUUGGAAGCAAAAAUCAUUUCACUACACCAAUUUCAUCUGUAUCUCAUUGCUCAGAAUAUGGCAUGCUAUAUGGUUACAGUAGAACAGCUUCCAUUUUCUGCACUGAUGGGCCUUUACUGGAGGACAAGGAACUAUUACCUCAUACUUGUUUAUCUUCCCCUAGACUUGGUCCCUUGAGAGAAUCAAGUAAGUCAAGAACCCAAGAUGGUUCAAUGCCAAUCCCUGCACGAAAGGUGAUCUUGCCCUCUCUUUCUUUGUCUCCCCUUGGUCCAAGAUUUUCUGAAAAGAUGAAGUCUGCAAGAGAAUCCAGGAAAGUCUGGAGGGAGACAGAGGGCGGUUAUCUAACCUUCAAAAAUGUGCAGCAGUCACUUGAUGAAAAUAUCUCAGGCAUUAUCUUUGCCUCUGAAGAAGAGGAUUUUAGGAUAACUAGCAAAUCUUUAGAUGAUAUAGAUUUUCUACACAAAGAAAUUGAAUCUUCUUCCCCAGAAAAUAACACUGGAAAGUGUUGGCCUUUCUGUCUGGGUUUGGCAAAUGCCCCCCAUUGCAUGAAGCUGGGUAAAAGUUUGAGGGGACUUCCAAUUAGGAGGUCUUUGGUUGGUUCAUUUGAGGAAUCUCUAUUGUCUGGUCGGCUGUCGUCUGGAAAACUCAGUCAGAGAAUUGACGGUUUUCUAGCUGUUCUAAACAUAACUGGAGGGAGCUUUUCACCUAAAUCUCAGAAGCUUCCAUUUGCAGUGACGAGUGUUGAUGGAGAUAGCUAUUUACUAUACUAUGCAUCCAUCGAUCUUGCAGGAAAUCCUCCAUCUAACAAAUGCAGUAGCCAAAAUUUGAAAAGAGGCCUUAUCAAUCAUGAUUCACAAAGUGCCAAAAGCCGUUUGCGUAUUCCUGUGAAAGGGCGCAUACAAUUGGUCUUGAGCAACCCGGAGAAGACACCUCUUCACACUUUCUUUUGUAAUUAUGAUCUGAGUGACAUGCCAGCUGGUACUAAGACAUUCUUGCGUCAGAAGGUUACCUUAGCUUCUUCUGGCCCAACUCCUACACAUGGGAGAGGAGAGCAGAAAAAAUUUGACAUGAAAUAUGAGGACAAGGCCACUCUCGUCCCAGAGAGAAGUCAUGCUGACCAAAUCGUGGAUGGAGUAGAAGGCUCUGGAUCCAACGCAUGCCACAUAACUGAUGACAAGGGUUUCAGGUGGGUGGAUUUAUACUGUGAAAAUGAUAGGAAACCUGAAUAUUCUUUUUCAAAGUGUAAUGGGUAUACUACCAGUGUUGGUUCUCUACGUUAUGCUCUUCACAUUCGGUUUCUAUGCCCUUCCCCUAAGAAAUGCUCAAGGUCAACCCAGAGAUGCAAAUCAGAGCCUCUUUCUGCACCACAAAGCAAUAGCUUAGAUAAUGGUGGGGGGCGGAGAUUUUAUUUAUACAAUGAUCUGAAGGUGGUGUUCCCUCAACGUCAUUCAGANGCCCAGAGAUGCAAAUCAGAGCCUCUUUCUGCACCACAAAGCAAUAGCUUAGAUAAUGGUGGGGAGCGGAGAUUUUAUUUAUACAAUGAUCUGAAGGUGGUGUUCCCUCAACGUCAUUCAGAUGCUGACGAAGGGAAGUUGAACGUGGAAUACCAUUUCCCUGAAGAUCCAAAGUACUUUGAUAUCAGUUGCUGA